AUGUCCGACUCGUACACCUUCACCGUCGGCAAGCUCGAUGCCGGCAUGGCCAUCCUCAUCGGCGAGCGCGCGUCGCUCAUCGAGUUCCCCUCGCUCCUCCUCCCGCCCGACGUCGCCGCCGGCAGCAUCGUCAACAUCAGCGUGCGCCGCAACGAGACGCAGGAGCGCACGCGCCGCCGCGAGUUUGAGCAGCUGCAGCAGGACAUCCUGGGCGCGUUUGGCUCGGAGCGGCCGCUGCCGCCGGCGCUGCGUGUGCGCAACGUAACCCAGACGUCCGUCACGCUCGAGUGGGACAAGCUGCAGCUUGCGUCUGCCUCGCUGCUCUCGCUCGACAUCUACCGCUCGGACCGCUUCACGCCGCAGCCACGGCGGCUGGCGGCGAUUCCCAACCCGCGCACCAACACCUCUACCAAGCUCUCCGGCCUCGACGUCGACGCCGAGUUUGGCUUCCACCUCGUCCUCUCCACCACGGCGGGCGUGUACACGUCGCCCGUCGUCAAGGUGCGCACGCACAAGAUGACGGACGUGCACGGCAUCAGCGUGUGCUUUGGCCACGUCUCGAACCCGGCGCUCGAGAAGGCGGCGCGCGAGCAUCUCGACGCCAUGGGCGCGCGCUACGCCGACAAGAUUGCCAUAGAGACGACGCACUACGUGUGCGACGAUCCUCGCAACCGAGGCGACCCCAAUGGCCGGCCGCAGCAGGGCACCAUGUGGCUCAAGGCACAGCAGCUCAGCAUCCCCGUGGUGCAGCCGCAGUGGGUCUUUGCGUGCAAGGAGCAGGGCCGGAUGGUGCCAAUCGCCUCGUUCUACCUCGGCCAAGAGCCACCA